AUGGAGAACUUCACCGUGUGGAGUAACCUGUCGUGGGUUCCGUGGAGCGCGGAGGAGGAAGAGGAGGAGCAGGUGGGCGCCGGAGGGAGCGGCGGGCUGCGCGUCCUCGUGGGCUGUGUCCUCGUGCUGCUCAUCGUGUCCACGCUGCUCGGGAACACGCUCGUGUGCGCCGCCGUGGUCAAGUUCCGCCACCUGCGCUCCAAAGUCACCAACUUCUUCGUCAUCUCGCUGGCCGUGUCCGACCUGUUCGUGGCCGUGCUGGUGAUGCCGUGGGAAGCCAUCACCGAGGUGACCGGGACCUGGAUCUUUGGCAGGUUCUGCGGGGUCUGGAUCGCCUUUGACAUCAUGUGCUCCACUGCGUCCAUCCUCAACCUGUGCAUCAUCAGCGUGGACCGGUACUGGGCCAUCGCCAGCCCCUUCAAGUACGAGAGGAAGAUGACCCAGCGGGUGGCCUUCGUCAUGAUCGGGGUGGCCUGGACGCUGUCCAUCCUGAUCUCCUUCAUCCCGGUGCAGCUCAACUGGCACCGGACUGAAGAGGAGGAGGAGGUGCCCCGGAGCUGCGUGGCCAACCUGAACCGAACCUACGCCAUCUCAUCCUCCCUCAUCAGCUUCUACAUCCCAGUGGUCAUCAUGAUCGCCACCUACACACGGAUCUACCGUAUUGCCCAGACACAGAUCCGCAGGAUCACCUCUCUGGAGAGGGCGGUGGAGCAGGCACAGAACCAGGGUCAGGGCCAGAGCCAGAACCAGAACCAGCCCCGAACUGUAGAUGAAAACUCCCUGAAGACCUCCUUCAAAAAAGAAACCAAAGUCCUGAAGACGCUGUCCAUCAUCAUGGGGGUGUUUGUGUUCUGCUGGCUGCCCUUCUUCAUCCUCAACUGCACGGUCCCGUUCUGCGACCCACCCUGCGUCAGUGAGACCACCUUCACCGUCUUCGUCUGGUUCGGCUGGGCCAACUCAUCUCUCAACCCCGUCAUUUAUGCCUUCAACGCCGACUUCCGCCGGGCCUUCACCAGCAUUCUGGGCUGUAACAGAAUCUGUUCGAGCAACACGGUGGAAGCAGUCAACUUCAGCAACGAGCUGGUGUCAUACCACCAUGACACUACGCUCCACAAGGAGGUGCUGGUCCCUGUGCAGCUGCAGCAGCAUCCGUGCGCCGUUAACCUCGGAUCCGGUCACCUGGAUGACAUCAGUGCUCAGUUUGAAGAAGAGUCACUGGUGUCCAGUGACUCUCAGAGUUACGACCGACUGCUGCUUCUUCCCACCAACGCUGAGCUGGAGGAGGAUGCCGAGAUCUCACUGGACACCAUCACACCGUUCACGGCUGCUGUGACUCCAGGACAAGUCCACCAGGACGGAUGA